GCCAUUCACUGAGACUUCAGCGAGAUCUGACAAAGUUUCUUCAGAGCGAUUUGGCAAAAUGGCUAGAGUGUUGGUGGUGCUCUCUGUGGUGGUGGCGAGUUUGUUCUUUAGUCAAGGCGCGACAUUCGAGAACCAGCGGCUCUUCAACAACGCAGUCAUCCGUGUGCAACACCUUCAUCAGCUGGCUGCCAAGAUGAUGGAUGACUUUGAGGAAGCUCUGUUACCUGAAGAACGCAAACAGCUGAGCAAGAUUUUCCCCCUGUCUUUCUGCAACUCGGACUCCAUCGAAGCUCCUGCAGGCAAGGACGAGACCCAGAAAAGCUCUGUGCUGAAAUUGCUGCACACCUCCUACCGUCUGAUCGAGUCAUGGGAGUUCCCCAGCAAGAACCUCGGCAACCCCAACCACAUCUCAGAGAAGCUGGCUGACCUGAAAAUGGGCAUCGGCGUGCUUAUCGAGGGAUGUUUGGAUGGACAAACCAGCCUGGAUGAGAACGACUCUCUGGCUCCGCCCUUCGAGGAUUUCUACCAGACCUUGAGCGAGGGAAACCUGAGGAAGAGCUUCCGUCUGCUGUCCUGCUUCAAGAAGGACAUGCACAAAGUGGAGACCUAUCUCAGCGUGGCCAAGUGCAGGAGAUCCCUGGAUUCCAACUGCACCCUGUAGGGGGCGAGAGAGCACAAUUUAGCCACAGCCUGCGAUCUCAGACAGAUUUUGUAUUUAAAUUAAAAAAAAAAUCUGUCCAGGCCUGGCUAAAUGUAUCAGCCUCUUUCUCUGGUUUCACUUCUGACUUUAUGUAUUUAUUCUGCUCACCGAGGAGAACUCCUCCAUUCACAUUUUUAGCAGAUUUCUCUGUCCCGGCAACUUAAAGGUUGUAAAAUGGGACCAAUUUCACAAUGGUGCUAUGCAAAUUCAGCUUUAUAUCAAAUAAUGACCAAAAAAAUGACUAGGUCUAUUUCUUUUAACUUAUUGGCUACAAAUUGGAUAAUCUGAUUUAACAAUCGUGUUAACUUUGGAAUGGACGAGUUCGCUCCUGGCCAGUGAAUGUUAAAUAUUCAAAGUGUAUAUUUUCAUAUCAAAGUCUAUACUUAUUGUUCAGCAUUGACUAUUUCUGUGUGUAAAUCUGUCAUUGUUGUUGUGGAUUUCCAAUAAAGCUAAUCUCUGCAUUAAGAUCUGAUUAUUUGUGAGUUUUUUUCCAUGCUUUUUCCAAGCCUAGGAAAGACUUCUGAACAAAAUGAGAUUCCAUUUAUUUAUGAACAAUAAAAACCUGCAGUAGAUUA